AUGGACUUCUUGGUCAUCUGGAUGAGCGCCUUGAUCAUGUUGAUGGACCUCUUGGUCCUUUGCAUGAUCUCCCAGCCGAUCUUGAUCAUCCUGGUGUUCACUAUCGUCGGCACAAUCCUAAUAUGGGAGAUGUGUUUUCGACGUCUUCUCGUUGGCCUGCUCACCCCCGCCAAGAUUGAUGUCGCAGUACAAACCAAAUCUGGUAGUCAAGUGGAAGCCGGAACCCAAACUGAAUUGGGCAUCGAAGUACACGCAGGAGUCCAAACAGAAUCUGUCACCCAGGCCGACGCCGGGGUCCAAGCCGACGCUGGCAUCGAAGCAAAAAACGAAGAUCAAAAUGAGGCUGGAGGCGAGACUGGAGGCCCAGCUGCCAAGACGGAUGCAGAGAAACUCGAAGACGACAGAAAAAGCUUCGAGCAGAGCCGCCAGACGUUGGAAGCCAUCAAUGAACUGCUCAAGAUGACCAAGGAGGACACAAGAAAUAAGGACGAAGCUUUUCUGAAGGAGCUGGACGAAGAAGAAGCCCUACUCCGCAGCCUUGCGGAUCUCGUCGAGUUCAACACGAAGGAGUACAUGCGCCAAAUAACCCAAAACUGCGGAAUCGAGCUGAACACUUGGAUCCUUGGUAUUCGGUCCAUCUUGGCAGCCGUCUGGCAUGUGCACAUUUUCCGUGAAUUCAUGCAUCGGAUAGAGAUUAACCGCCAAGAUGCGGUCAUUCGGCUUGCUAUGGGCGCAUCAGAAGAUGAGGAGCCGGAUAUAGCCAUGCUUGAAGCUCAUUAUAUCAACCACAUGAUGGUGUUUCCGGAAAACGAGGCGGAUACGAAUGGUACGGACGCAGCUGGAACCGAGAACACCAACACCGAUAAGCCCAAUGGCGGCAAGUCUCCUGCGGACAAGACGAAGACCAGCGAGGCCAAAAUGAAUCAACCCAAGAUAAGUAAGACCAAGACAAGCAAGACCAAGACGGACGAAGGUGUCACGGAAAAGUUCAACACGACCAAGCCUGGCAUCAGCAAACCCAACAGCGGCAAGCCAAGCAGUAGCAAGGUCGAUACGGACGAGGUCAAGCAGGACAAGAUCAAUGCCGGCAAGCUCAGCAAGGGCAAGCAGAAGAUCAUCAUCAGCGUCCCUGAUACCGAAAAGGCCGAGGCGCACCCCGUCGAUGAUGAAGACAAGGAGAUGUAUAGUCAUCCCUUGUCUAAGAAGGAGAAACGCAAGCUCAAGAAGGCUGAGAAGGCUGAGAAGGCUACCAUGGAGAAUGGCGAGAAGAGUUAG